AUGUCUUCUGAAGAAGGAAAGCUGUUUGUUGGGGGUCUGAAUUUUGACACAGAUGAGCAAGGCCUGGAGCAGCAUUUCAGCUCUUUUGGACCCAUUUCUGAAGGUAAGCAAGUGUGGUGUUGGGGGUGGAGUUUUCCCCUGGGAUCAACAGAAAAUUGGAUAAUUUUAGCUACUUUUGUUUUCUGUUCUUAGUUGUUGUGAUCAAGGAUAAGGAGACCCAGAGAUCAAGAGGCUUUGGCUUUAUCACCUUUGCCAAUCCUGAACAUGCAUCAGAUGCCAUGAGAGCCAUGAAUGGAGAGGUGAGUACUUUGUUGUGGUGUGAUCUGUUGUCCUACUGUGUCCUGGCUGCUUUAAUUAAAUAAUAAUAAGUUUUUAUUCCCCAACCAGAGCCAGGCUCAGGGCAACUAACACCAGUAAAAUUACAAUAAAAAUGUAAUGGGGAAACCAAUUUAGAAUACAGGUUAAAAUACAAUGAGACAAACAGUUUCCCAGGAACCAUACUGCUUUGAUUUUAGUUUUUGUGAAAUGCUCUUAAUUAAACUAUAUUAGAAAAUGGCCUUUUCUUGCUUGCAAGUGUCAACCCAAUAGUAGGGAGCUGUUGCAGUGUAUGCACGUUACCUAAAAGCACAUGCAGUGAUGAUGCUUCCGAUUUAGUGUCAAAGUGAGCAGUUUUUUAUGUCAUAAACUGGUGAGAGACAGCUACAUUGGUAACGGGCAAAGACGAGGAACCUGUGGCCCUCCAGAUGCUGCUGGACUUUUGCUUCUAUCAACAUUUGACUAUUGGCCAUGCUGCCUGGGAUCCGGCUCUUCUUGGGAAGCUGGAUCCUGCAUUCUUCCAGAUGUAUUGAAAGCUCAUUGAGUGGCAUUGCUAGUUCACAUUUCCACUACCCUUCUUACUUUCAAAUAAUAAUAAUACUAAUGUUUAUUAUUUAUACCCAGGCCAUCUGGCUGAGGUUGCCCAGCCACUCUGAGACAAGCUACUCUCAGAUUAUUUACCACCCACCUUUACAGGGUUUGCACCCAACAGGAAUCUCAGCCUCAGGAUUGCUGUCUGUGAUUCCAUUUCUUAAGGCUACCAGAGGUUUUUCAGAAUAUUGACUUAUCUUUGGGAAAUUAUUUUUUAAGUGGUUCAAUUUGCUGUGUGGAGUGCAAGUUCCAGAAUAGCUGCUUUUGCUUGUAGAUCUUUUGUAAUGCAAGUGGCAGAUACCCAAACCUACACAGGUGGAGAACUUCAGAAUUCAAUUUAGAAAUAAAUCCACUGAGCUCUACAGUAUCUUAAUAAGAGCAAUAGUAAUUGGUGAAAAGUCAUGUUUUAUUAACAAUUGGUUAUGUGCAUAUGAAAAUUCAUGUAAAUAGUUGCUUCGUUUGAUCAGCUAGUUAAGCAAUGGUUAUAAUUAAAGUACUUGUUCAUUAUCAGUCUGUAGAUGGGCGCCAGAUAAGAGUUGAUCACGCAGGGAAGUCUUCCCGUGGAUCUAGAGGUGGCUACUUUGGAGGCAGGGGGCGAGGCCGUGGUUAUUCCAGAGGUGAGUAUAAGGAGAUUGAAACAAACAUUUGCAUGCAUUGGGGUAAUGAAGUGGGUGGGGUUGCUGGUGGCUUAGCUGUCACUGAAAUGUUUUUUUUUCCCUCCUUGGAGGUGGUGGAGACAGAAGCUAUGGUGGGCGAUACGACAACAGAAGUGGAGGCUACAGCGGUUCCCGGGAUUACGGCAGGUAAUUGUGCUGACGUGCGAGAGCAUCAUUAAUGUUCAGUUUUAGGUGAGCAGAUAUAAAACACAAAUGCUUUGUUUUCAGAAGUCAGGGAGGUUAUAACGAUCGCUACUCUUCAGGAGGCUCUUACAGAGACAACUAUGACAACUGAGGUAAGUGGAUUUUGGGAAGGGAGUGAAAAUGCUGUCUUGCCAAAACGCUUGUGAACUAUCAGUGUUCCGACUUCACACUGAGUAACAACAGUAACUACAGCUCCCUACUGAGUUGUCAGUAUCAAAGAUGUUUCUUUUCUUUUUUGUUUAUCUGCCAUUUGCUCAGAUCUAAAACAUUGCAGCCCUCAGUUCACAUUACUGGUAAAUAACUUUUAAGUGCAUGUUGGACCUUAAAGAACUCUUAAAUUCAAAUUGCAAAGUUGUCAGAGUGCUAACUGGGGGAGGGCCUGAGAUUCCUAGCAUCACUAAUCUAAAAAAGUAGGAGUGGUGAAUUGCUGCAACAUGUCCAUAUGCUUGUGCCUUUAUGAUUGUACCUGCUUCUUGUCCUCAGCUCACACCGAGUAAAAAUCCUUCCUGA